AUGCCUUCCGCUGAAGAGCCCCAACAGCAAGCUCCUAUGGAGAUGACUGCCACUGACGGCGUCGUUGCGCAGCAGCCUACUUCAGAACCCCCGAUCGUAUAUGGCACAAUGAGAGGUGGUGAAGAGGCCGGAUGCGAAUUCUGCUGCGGUCUAUGUGCAUGCGACGAAGCAUGCUGCUAA